GGCGGACGGGGGAGGGAUGCGGAGGACGCGAGGGCUCGCGGUUUGUUUGGGUUGUGGGCGGUGCGCGCACAGCCCGGGAAAAGCGGGAAAUGGCGGCGCCGAGCGCGGGACCCCGGUCCGCCCUCCAGCAAAAGGGGCUGAUGACCGCUGAUAGGGGGCGCAGGAUAUUGGGAGCGUAUGGCAUGCAUCCUGACCAUCAGGAAGCUCUAAAAAAGAACCGAGUGGUGCUAGCCAAACAGCUGUUGCUGAGCGAACUGUUAGAACAUCUCCUGGAGAAGGACAUUAUCACCUUGGAAAUGAGGGAGCACAUUCAGGCCAAGGUGUGCAGUUUCAGCCAGAAUGUGGAACUCCUCAACUUGCUGCCCAAGAGGGGCCCCCAGGCUUUUGAUGCCUUCUGUGCGGCCCUGAGGGAGACCAAGCAGGGCCACCUGGAGGACCUGUUGCUCACAACCCUGGCUGGUCUUCAGCACGCACUGCCACCGGCAUGGAGCCCUAGACAUGUGUUGAGCCGCGACUACAACUUGAGUCUCCCUUUCCCGGUGUGUGAGUCCUGUCCCCCCCACAAGCAGCGCCGCCUGUCUCCAGAUACAGUGGAACACUCCCUGGACCAUGGAGACGGUCCUCCCGGCCUUCAGGUGAAGUCUUGCACUCCUGAGUUUUAUCAGACGCACUACCAGCUGGCCUAUAGGUUGCAGUCUCGGCCUCGUGGCCUGGCACUGGUGCUGAGCAACGUGCACUUCACAGGAGAGAAAGACCUGGAAUUCCGCUCUGGAGGGGAUGUGGACCACAGCACUCUAGUCACCCUCUUCAAGCUCUUGGGCUACAAAGUUCAUGCUCUUCUUGACCAGACUGCACAGGAGAUGCAAGAGAAGCUCCGGAAUUUUGCGCAGCUUCCCGCUCACCGAGUCACGGACUCCUGCAUAGUGGCGCUUCUCUCCCACGGUGUGGAGGGCGGCGUCUAUGGCGUGGACGGCACGCUGCUUCAGCUACAAGAGGUUUUUCGGCUCUUCGACAAUGCCAACUGCCCGAGCCUACAGAACAAACCGAAAAUGUUCUUCAUCCAGGCCUGCCGCGGAGAUGAAACAGACCGUGGGGUCGACCAGCAAGACGGGAAGAACCAUGAGGGAUCCGCCGAGUGCGAGGAGAGCGAUGCCAGCAGAGAGGAGGGGCUGAAGAUGCGACUGCCCACUCGCUCGGACAUGAUUUGUGGCUACGCCUGCCUCAGAGGGACCGCUGCCAUGCGCAACACCAAGCGGGGCUCCUGGUACGUGGAGGCCCUCGCUCAGGUGUUCUCUGAGAGGGCCCGUGACAAGCAUGUGGCCGACAUGCUCGUGGAGGUGAACGCGCUCAUCAAGGAGCGUGAAGGCUACGCCCCGGGCACGGAGUUCCACCGAUGCAAGGAGAUGUCCGAGUACUGUAGCACCCUGUGCCGUCACCUCUAUCUCUUCCCGGGACACCCUCCCACGUGAGGCCACCUCCCGUCACCCGAGCCUCGCGGAGGCCGCUGGACCACAGGAGGCGAGAUGGAGCCUCCUCUCUCCAGGACACACGGUUUCUGUCCCUCCCCCUCAGGGAUUGGGAAUAUCCCAGGCUCAUUUCACACGCCCAUUGUCUCCACCUUUGACCUCGGACUACAGGCCGCCUCCUCCCGUGGGAGGCUCUCUCCCUGUGGAACCAGCUCCGGCUGGACUUGUCGCAAGGAGUCAUUGGCCUCAGUUGAGGGACCUGGCAGAUGAUGUUACGAACAUAG